UUUGCGCACGCAUCUCCCACUUGAAACGUUGUUGCCAUUUAUCAUCAUCUACGAAUUGUUUAUUGCACUUUUUACUAAAACACAGAGAAUACAUAUCUGUAAUUUGGGCUGGACAAGAUGGCAAGCUGCAAUUUUCAGGAGCAGUUGGUAUCCAUUAUGGAGGUAUUAGCUAAAGCAGCUGUAGCAGAAAUAAACAAACGUGUUGAUGAUAGCUGUGCAGUUAUACGUUUGGAAAUGACCCAAAGCCAGCGAGAUAUUGAUGUACUGAAAAGAAAGUGUCAGAUGAUGGAGAGCGAGCUGAAGAAGACACGAGGACGAGUCAGAAGAAAAGUUUUUUACCCAAUGGCAUCAGAGAGAUCUUCAUAUCCAGUCAAGAUUGUUUUGAACAAGCAGAGCAAUAGCUCACAGUGGAGAGACGGAGAGAUGGCUGUUGGAGAGGACUCUCAACCCCAGCCUACAGAUGUGGAGCAGAGAGCGGAGACUGAACCCAUACUGAUCAAAGAUGAGGAGACAGCAGAGGAUGUGUGGAAGACUGACCCUCAGGAAGAGCUCAGGAUCACUGGAGAGGAGUCUGGUUCCAAGCCUGGGCAACCACCAUCCUUUGAGCAACGGCACUGUGAUGAGGACUUCAUCACACAACCCAACAUAUCUCCUGAAGACUCAGUGGAACAUUAUCCCAAUUAUCAUGGUCCAGAGGAACCAGGCACACCCCGGCUCACGUCUACAGAGAAAUCAAAGGUGUUCAACCCAGAGCAGCACCAGCCAGCCGAGGACGAGGACUCACUAGAGCUAGUGAUGGUGAAGGAUGAGAAAAAGGAGGAGCUGGAUCUGACCACAGCCCUGGCAGGACCUGACCAGUUUGUCAUGGAUGAGACUGAUCGGCAGCUGUGGACCUCUGUGGAUCCAGGCAGAGACACUGACCCUGAUGGCCACCCAGAUUUCUCCUUUCAUGCGAUAGAGGAGUACUCUCAGAAUAAAUCAAUUUUCCCAUCUCAUAGUGGGCUGCCAUCCAUUCCUACUAUGACAGAUGAUGGAGGGCCAUCGUUUCACUCCUCUAUAGGGAAACCACAUGCUAACAUGUUCAGUGCAGCAGCACACAUGAAAAGACAUGUCAGGACAUUGGCUGAUGAGACUAGACAACAGAUGCCAGACAGACAGAGCAGCGAGAGGCUGAACUCAAAUAAUGACGGAAAUAAUUUAUCUCUACAGUCAAGGCAGCAUCAGUACAGGGCUUCAGAAGCAACAGUGAGAAUGAGUGAGUGCAUGACAGGGUCAAACAUGGCCACCACCUCCACCUUCUCUGGAUACAGCCUGAGUCGCAGUAGUUUUAACAUGGUGAAGAGAAUGAGGACUCAGUGGAGAUCAGGCGGCACCACCGGAGAAAAACCGUACACCUGCGAACAGUGUGGCAGGAAUUUCACCAAGCAGUACAAUCUGAUCAGACAUGCUGUGGUCCACAGCGGGGAGAAGCCCUAUGAGUGCACACAAUGUGGGAAAUGCUUCACCCAGCGCUCCAGUAUGAAGUCACAUCAGAGAACUCACAUAGGAGAAAGUCCAGUGUCUCAAAAUGUGGUACACGCAUACCCUGGGGAUCCACAUACAAGUUUAAUGUUGUCUCAGGCCAGAUGGAACAAAUAAAACAUAAUUGCAUAGUUUUUCUGUACCACUUUCUUUGUGAAAAUGUGGUACAGAAGGUAUUUUGAGACAUUUUGACAAGCUUUUCCUCCUAAUUGAUUUGUGAAAUGGUUUUCAUGUUUGACUGUUGACGGCUCCUCACAUUCAUUUUACUAUUUAUUUACAACUGGUAAGAAAAAUAUCAUAAAAACCAUGUAUUUAAAUAAGGAGUCAAUCUGCAUUUUAGAUAAAGAACACACACUGAGUAACACCUUCCUAAAGUGGAUGAAACAUUAAUAAGGGUCAGUCUAUGUCAGAAAGAAAGAACAGGUAUUCAUAAUGUUUUGUACACUGUAUAUAGGAACCAUUUAGUAUAUGUUGUCUAGUUAGUGUUUGUCUAUCUGGGAUUUCACUUCUUGGCACAAGGGACAGUAUCAUAUCAAAUCAGGUUAAUAACUUAACUCUGCUUAAAAUGUUACGUUAUGUUAACUCAACUAGGCAAUCAAAUAUGUGUUUCAGUGUAUUAGCUCACAUCUUACAUGUAUGUUCAUACAACUUUACAUUUGACAUCUGGAAAUUACACUUUUACUGUACAUUGUCUAAACUGACACUACACCUGUACUGUAUAAAACUGGUAAUCUGAAUCAAAGAUCAUUAGAUACCAUAGAUGGCUAAAUCGAUAAGAUAAAUAAAUAUGAUUGGUAGUUUGAAA